UCUGACGGAACUCUUAUAUCAGCUUGGAAUAAAUGGAACGUAAAUUUGCAGAGGAAAAAUGUGUAGUUUAAUUCAGGAAAAAAAAAAUCUGGCGACCUUCUUUUUGACGGUGUGAUAUGCCUAUUGUGCUGCACUUGCUCGCUAGAGUGAGUUUCGUAGGAUAGCUAGAUUUGCGUUUUCUUCUACGGAUUUUUUACCAGACAAUUAUAUGUGCAACACAUGGAAUUUAUGCACAUCGUUUAGUUACAAAAUGUAUUUCACCAGGAAAAGUUAGACAAUAUUUCCAUAAACUUUUCCAUAAAAGCCAUUGCACAGCUUGUAGGCUAUUCUAAUAAUAGUUUAUUCCAUCGAUAGAGUCAACUAAAAGAGUUUAGCUCAGGCUAGUAAAAAUAAAUAGUGCAGAUAUGUCAUAUUGUCGACGGAUAUGCUGGUACACAACAUUGGGCAGCAGUUUAUCGACUACAAAAUGAGGGGGAUUUGUCACAGUAGUCUUCCUUCAACAGUUUAUAAGACAGUCGUUAUUGCCUAACCAGAGCGAAUUUAUCGCAGCAAUCCAGUGCGCACGGUCUCCCCCGCUGUUAUAAGGCAGAACGCUCAGGAUCCACAAAUCUGUGAAGACAUUCCAGGCCUGAUCCCCUUUAUCCAAAUCUGUGAAGACAUUCCAGGCCUGAUCCCCUUUAUCCAAAUCUGAAGACGAUCCAGGAAAUCAAGCAGAACUUUCAGGGAACAGAAGAGUUCUUUAUCAAAACUUGGAAUAACAGUGAGAACUGCUGGUUGUAUUCUCCAUUGUUUUUAUUCACAUGUAUUGAAACAAGUAGAGCCAUCAGUGAUUUCAGCAGCCCCCCUGCCUCCCCUAUCCAUGCCUACAUGCUCAGCGACAGAUAAGAACUGUUUUGAUAAUUGUAUGUAAUUAUAAUUUGUGUGGGAGACGGAGCUGUCUCUGUCUAUUAUCACCUGUAACCUCAGACACAAUAACUCCACACAUUUACAUAUUUCUCUCCAAAAAUGCUUUUCUUUCAGUUUUAGGACCAAAUCAGGAAUAAUCAGAGUUAUUGAAGGAAUGGCACAUGUGAACUACGAGGUGCUAUUCAGUCCUCAACCAUCAUAAUGAGACACAACUGAAUUCAAUCUGUAGAGUUACAUCUAAACCUCAUGCUCUUUUCCUUGUAUAUUCUAUACUAGACCAUACAUACUAAGUUUGUACAUCUCAAAACAGAGGUACCCACCCAGCCACUAGCUAAAAUGAAAUGGCUUUUUCAGCUGUCUAUUUGAUAUAAUAUGAUUUGUCAUACCAUUUUAUAUUUUCUCCUCAUUUGCGGUAUUCACUGCCCUCUGUCCUUAAUGUAGGGCGCUGGCUCUGUAGCCUUCAGCUCAAUCAGAGGAACAGUAAGUGCCUAUGCAUUUUAGAUAAGACCAUAAAACAUUUAAGUAAAUAAGUGGCCAAUGCAUUAUGUAGUUAGUGACCUGUGAUGUUUAUAUGCCUGGAAGGGCAAUGUCCUGCUUUACAGUCACACAGUAUGUUUACACUACGCCACAGCCAUUCAGUGCCCUGACCCGUUAAGAACCACAACCUCUCCAACUGCCAUUCAAAUGGUCUGCAACAUCUGAAAGCACAGGAACACAAAUUAUUUAGAUUUAUUUAGCACAAGAUUUAUUUAGUACAAAUCUUUUAUUUAGCAUAAUAUUUAUUUAGUACAAAUCUUUUAUUUUGCAUAAUAUUGAAACAUUUAGACAUUUAUAUGUAGAGAUUUUUCUACUUUUUCAGAGAAUAUUAGUUUACAGGUUGAUUCUAAGUGCAAACUUGGAAUGUAUCCAGUGCCAAAAUGACGAUUGAAUCAUUAACCGUUUACAAUUUAGGAACAAUGUUUACAGAGGACUGUUGCCCUUAAAACACAGGCCUAUGUGUCAUUUUGUGACAUUAUUUUACAAGUGCCAUAACCGAAAGGAAAUUUAUAAAAUUGCCAUAACUCAUUGAGGAAGCUUACUUUUUUUCUUCAGCAAAACAAAGCACAACGUGUUCAGGAAUACGUCAUGGUGAAGGUAAAAACCCUCUGUUUGACCUUUCAUCCAAGGAGAUUGCAUCUAUUUUUGUAUUUUUGCAUGUGAAUGUUAUAACCUCAAACUAACUUCACAUGAUUCAUAGCUAGGUUUUGUAUGGUAGAUAGAUUCUAGAACUAGGAGAAGAAAUAGACGAUCUGGGUUUGAUCAAGAUCAUCAUGUUCAGUUUACCCUCGUUUACUCUGUGAGGUUUAUACAGAUCUGAUUUUACUGUAAUGGGAUGCAGAAUAUUAUCACCGAAGAUGUUGAAGAUAAUAGUAACAGAAUGAACGCCAUGUAAAUACCUCUGUCACCAAUGGUUGACACUUACAACUGGUUGACACUCGUGACUUCCAUCUCUUAAAGCGUAUCUAGAAUUCAUUCACAAAGUUCAUCAGACAUAUUCAUUAUUAAAUUAAGAUAUUUUGAAACUAUGAGUACCAAACAACUCAUACCUGCUACCUGAAUGUUUCAAAUAGUGUUUUAGUGGUUUAAUUCUGAAAAAAGGACAGCAUUGUAACAGCGUUGAGUCGACAACAGAAAAUAGAGCUCUUAGUCAUGUAAAGAUGACGCCCACCACCAAUCUCCAAGUCUUCGCCGUCUCCCUCCUCUCUCUCCUUGCUGCCCCACUUACCACAGCUGAGGACAGCUCCCUAUCUCCCACUCCCUCUCCCCUAAGUACCGACCCCCGGCCUCGCCAGGGGGGCUCCACCGACCCCCCUCAGUCCGCCCCCAGCCCCCCUCUCCUCCUCCUGGCCAUCCAUGCCAACCUCCGCCCCGCUGCCCUCCGGGGCAGGCCCAAAGCUCCAGAGAAACUUCCAGAAUCCCCUGGGGUUCUGGAGACCCCUCCCCGACCCCUGGCCCAGAUCAUGUUCCCCAAGAACGUGACGUCUGCGGCAGCGGGAGCCCUGGCUCCUCCAUUGGGCACGGCCCAGGUGGCUCCUCCUCCCCGCACACUGGUGGACGUGGAUGUGUGCCAUGGUUACUAUGACGUCAUGGGCCAGUUGGACAACACCUUCAACUGCUCCAAGGACAGCUUCAUCUACUGCUGUGGCAGCUGCCACUACCGCUUCUGCUGCCCCGACCCCACCCGUCGUUUGGAGCAGAGCAGCUGUACCAACUACGACUCCCCGGAUUGGGCCAAGACCCAGCCACCAAACGCCAUACUCCUGGAUGAUGAUGAGCCGGAACUGGACCCUCUGCAGCCUCUGAGCCACAACACAGGCUUUGUGAUUGGAGGUGUCAUUGUGUUUAUGGUAGCGGUUGCCGUGGGGAUUAAGAUAAUGUUCAACAAGGUGUCGCAGCAGGCCAACAACGGAGAGAUCAACAUGCCCAGAGCGCUGGUGGACAUGUUGCGUCACCAGUCCAGUCCAGUGCAGCAGGAUGAGAGGAACAACAGCGUGGCUCUGUGUGGUUCAGGGGAGGGACAGGGUACGCUGGGCAGACCUCCCAAAAACCUCUACGCCCCUGGCCUGCCCAGCAAGGACAACAGACUGGGGAAUAUUCAACACAAUUUUAUCCAUUCAGGAACCAGUCCCAAUCACACUGCUACCAUCGAACACGCCCCCCGUAUGAACAACGCCCAGCUGGCGGCAGGAGGCACUCUUCUGUCCAGCAAACACAACAAUACUAAAGGACAGCCCUCCUUCCACCACUCCCUCCACAACCUGGCACAGCUCCCCCCAUCCUAUGAGAACGCCACCAAGCCAGAGCUCAACAGAUACUCCUCGCUCAAACGCCUGGAAAAGAGUGGUCUUGAUGAAUAUUCAUCGGGCUACUGCACCACCAAGAGGCGUCCCCACACGGCCCAGCCCGCUCUCCAGUCCUCCAGUCACCACAUCCCCUGUGGCGGAGAUUACAACACCAUGGGUGGGAGGGGCACCCUCCCCCGCCACGCCCCCCGACCCUGGAUCCAACCCACCGGCCUACCCCCCGUCUCCCCCACGGUCAACCCCUACCCCCUGGACCCAACCGAGCAGCACUACAACCCCAACUACGACACCCUGUCCAAGCCUGCCAGGAAGGUCAUGUCGCAGGACCAGCUGCUCAACAUGGGGGACGUCCCCGGGAACACUGGGACCCUCUCCAGGAUGUCCAAGAACCAGCAGCACCAGUACUACAAAGCCAUGGCUGCUGCUACUAAGAACUCCAACACCCAGACCCUGACAAGGAAGCCCCAGGAUCGACCCCAGGAGCGGCCUCAGUCCAACACCCAGACCCUGACAAGGAAGCCCCAGGAUCGACCCCAGGAGCGGCCUCAGUCCAACACCCAGACCCUGACACGGAAGCCCAAGGAUCGACCCCAGGAGCGGCCUCAGUCCAACAACCAGACCCUGACGAGGAAGCCCAAGGAUUGGCCCCAGGAGCGUCCCCAGGAUCGCCUACUCAUGUCCCCAGAUCACCUGGAGGAGAGCAUGGGUAGGGGGGUCGGAGGGAUGGGAGUGGGUGUGCAGGAUCCAUACGCCCAUGGAGGCGGGGGAGGCAUGGUCCCCACUCUCCCCCGGGGUGGUCUCACCCCUCAGCAGAAAGCCCAGUCCCAGCAGAAUGUAUGUGCCACGCCCUCCCUGGACCGCCACCACAUGAUCAAGAUGAACUCUCACCCCACCUCAGGGAGGGAGCAGGAGAGAAGCCAGGGCAUGACGGGGCAUAUGAGCGGAGGCAUGGGGGGAGGCAUGGGGGGCUGGGGUGGUAGCGAGAUGCCCGGGGCGGGGGUUGUCAUGGGAACAGGGACGCUAGGGGGCCACAGCGCCAAGAGGAUGGCUUUCGCUGCCAAGAGGCAGAACACUAUUGAGCAGUUACAUUUUAUACCAGGAGGGGGCGACGGAGGAGCGGGAGGAGGAAGUAGAGGAGGAGGAAGUGGAGGAGGAGGGGGAGGCAGUCAGGGCAUCAGGACAGGCAGUAAGAAUGAGGUGACAGUGUGA